AUGGGCGGUCGACAGUCAUCAGUCACCGAAGAGAGACCUCGAAGCAAUUCGGUUGAUACGGCCCAGGUUUCCUCUCACAACUCAUCGUCACAACGACAAAAUGUCAUGACAGCCGCCGAAUUUAUGCAGACAAUGCGAAACGCUCGUUUUCUGAGCUCAUCAUCAGAUUCGAACGCGUCGGAAGACGAUGCAGGUCCAUCGCAUUCUGUUCAUGGAGGUCGCUCGCGAGGUCUACAUGUUCGUCCAGGUCGUCUACACGGUCAUCACAGUCGUCGAUCGGUUCCCGUCUUUAUGAUGGACAUGAAAUGUCCGGUUUGCCACAAAGUUGUACCAUCAGACGAUGCGGAUAUUCAUUUAGUUAUGUGUUUGACGAGACCCAAGAUUACAUAUAAUGAUGACGUGCUGAAAGAAUGCAAAGGAGAAUGCUCAAUUUGUCUGGAAGAUCUCGAAGCGGGACACAAAAUUGCCCGAUUACCGUGUCUCUGCAUUUAUCAUAAACAAUGUAUCGAUGAUUGGUUCAAACGGAAAAAUUGCUGUCCCGAACAUCCAGGCGACGACUGA